AUGGCAGCUUGUGUUCCGCGACGGAUGCCGAGGCCUAGCUGGCUUUCAAAUGGCUGGCUGCUUGCGGCACUGGGCUGGGCCCUCUUCUUUGCGAGCCACUACGAAUUGCUUCCGCAGCCUCUGCUGCCUGCCGCCGAAGUGGGGCGGCUUCUCGCAGGCGCUGUAAACGCCACUGGCAGCGACCACGACCAAGGCCAUCACAGCCAUCCUCACGAUGGACUGUUUUUCUUGCUGCUCUCCUUCACGAUCGGCACCCUCAUCACUGCCCUCACCAUGAUUCACUAUUUCAAAGGACUUCAGCAAACAGUGGCGCUGUUCAUCACCGGCAUCAUCAUCGCCCUGAUCCACAACGCCGUCCCGGUGGAAAGCAGAUACGCAUCCUGGGAGACGUCGUGGCAGAUGUGGAUGGAGAUCGAUCCGCACCUCCUGCUUUUCACGAUGCUCCCAAGUCUUCUAAUGGCCGACGCCAUGACCAUCCACACAGGAGUGGCCAUGCGCGUCGCCAAGCAGUGCAUCUACCUCGCCGGACCAGGUGUUCUCAUCAACGCCCUGCUGGCGGCGUGCUUCCUCUACGUGUAUUUGCCUUAUCAGUGGCCCUUCCUCUUGUGCCUUACCACAGGCUCCAUUCUCUGUGCCACGGACCCCGUGGCUGUGGUGGCGCUCCUGAAGGAGCUGGGUGCCUCGCCAACUCUGACAGUCUUGAUUCAGGGAGAAGCGCUACUCAACGACGGCACGGCCAUCGUGCUGUAUCUCAUGGCCUACAGCAUGCUGGAAGGCACGGCCUAUGAUGCCCACGAGGCGGUGAACUUCCUCACGCGAACAAUUGCCAUUGCCCUGGCCACGGGCGGCGUGGUGGGUCUCCUGGCCUACCUCUCCUUGAAGGUGGUGGGCAGCCCUUUCGAUCAUUCGAGCGGGAUCAUCCAAACCGUCAUCACCUUCGGAUGCGCCUACGUUAGCUUCUACCUUUCAGAGGGCCUCUUCAGCGCCAGUGGCGUUCUGGCCACGGUCGCCGCAGCACUGGUCCUGGCGCACAAGAUGUGGCCAGCCAUUGUCGACAGGGAAUCGCUGAUGAGCUUCUGGCACGUCUUCGAGUACAUGUGCAAUACCCUGAUCUUCUUCCUCGCAGGCGCACUCACUGGGAAUGCGAUGGUGAAGAUCGAGGCCCAAGACUGGGGUCAUCUUCUGGUGAUUUACGUGAUGCUUGUCCUUGUCCGCUUCCUGCUGGUGUUCUGCUCCAUGCCGGUGCUAAAACUCCUGCACCCGCGACGUGAGCCAGUCUCACUGGCGGAAGUGAUGGUGAUAACCUGGGGCGGCCUCCGUGGCGCCGUUGGUCUGUCCCUGGCCAUCCAGGACGAACUUAGCCGAUGCCGAAUCGCCCUGAAAAUGGUUAUGAGCGCCCAAUUGAUCGAGGGCGACUCCGCUACGAUUUCAGGCGAUGAUCCGCCAAGGAGCUCGAGUGCGACUUUGGUGAAUGGGAUUCCUUCACCACCGCACAUGGUUGAUCCCCCGUAUGGGAUACCGGAGUGCAACGGUGAGAGUACAGGAGUUUUUCUCGACACAAACAUCGCCGGGGAGUUACUGGAGUGGACAGAAUGCUGGAUGGAUUGGGGAUACCGCCUCUACCGGUGCCGGGAAUCCCGGGAUCAUGGACCGGAGUUUCUCCGCCGAAUCCUCCGUUGUUUGGACCUCUUCAAGUUGCGCAGCUACGGCAAGCACAGCUGGAUUUUCCUCAGCUGUAUGGUCCCGCACAAGGACACGGCCCGCCUCCUCCGCCACUACCUCAGAGUCGUGUCGUACCAGAAGGAAAUCCUGGGCCACUACCUCAGAGUCGUGUUGUACCAGAAGGGAAUCACGGGCCACUACCUCAGAGUCAUGUCGUACCAGAAGGAAAUCCAGGGCCACUACCUCAGAGUCACACAGUACCAGAAGGGAAUCACGGGCCACUACCUCAGAGUCACACAGUACCAGAAGGGAAUCACGGUCCACUACCUCAGAGUCGUGUCGUACCAGAAGGGAAUCACGGUCCACUACCUCAGAGUCGUGUCGUACCAGAAGGGAAUCACGGUCCACUACCUCAGAGUCAUACAGUACCAGGCGAUGCCGACUCAGACGGCGCAACAAUGGCUGGGGGAGAAUGAGUCUCAGAGCAAGAUGGCAUUGCUUGCUGAUGGUAUCACUCAGCUACAGAAGGCUAUGAUGAAACAGUACGACAAGGCUGGCGACGGAGAAAGAUCACCGCAGAACAUCAAGCCGGGUACCAAUGUACUCCCUGUCUUGAAAGACCCCUCCGCGGAGACGUCAUGCGUGGACAUAAUGGAUUGGAUGGAACUCAUAGACGCUCCUAUGUCGGAUCUCUCGGAUGGUUCGGCGAGCUGGUGGAAGAAGGUCGUGAAGGAGGCACACCGGGCCUACGGAGUCUGGUCCUUAGCCACCCCAGUGGAACGGCUGACUGUGAUGCCAGUGACUGAAGGCCAAGAAGAUGGACACUGGUCAAGGGUUAAUAGCAGGGCCGCCUCUAUGAUCAUCAUGGCUCUUCCGGAGUCCGUGAAGCAGGAGGUCGUUGCACGAAGGCUGGCCAACUCCACGACGAAGCUGUUGUUCCGUCUACUACAGAUUUACCAGCCCGGGGGCGAGACCGAAAAGGUGAAGAUUCUCAACAGUUUGCAAGCCCCUCCAGCUGAAAGUGACCCUCAACGAGCAGUGGAGUCUUUGAGGACUUGGAACAGGUGGCUUCGGCGAUGUCGUGAACUCAAUGUUCAAGCCCCUGACCCGAGUUUGUUGACGAGAGGCCUCAAUGGGUUGGUCAAACAGGUGCUGGACAAGAAUCCUGAUGCUUCGUUUCGAACCUCCCUCCUGAAGUCGAACUUACGCAUAGACACAAACCCAAGCUACGAGAGUGUCGAGAGCUUCUACCGCCACUUGAUGGGAGAAUGUGAGGCUUUGGCAGUUGGAAUGACGACAACGACUACAACUCCGGCAACUACGCCUAAGUCCGAGCCUCGCUUGAAGCCUGUGAGGGGAGAACCCAAGACUGGACCACCUUCUCCACCUGCUACGAAGGCCACGCCACCUACACCCCCGUCCGGGAAUGGAGGAGGAGAACCGCCAAAGCACGACAAGCCGAAGUCUGAGGUCCCUUGCAAGUUCUUCGGAAGGACAGCAAAGGGAUGUGCAAGGGCAUCAAGGUGCCCCUUUGCCCACACAUGGGAAGGUCUCGAUAAACGAGACCGAUGCCUGGCUUGUGGGGGGAAGGGCCACGCAGCGAAGGAUUGCCCGAACAAGAAGUACACACCUCCUACUUCGAACAACAGCACCCCAAAGGCAGGAGCUGAGAAGCCUCAAAGCACCACCAGUUCGUCAACUACCACAACCACGAAGACUGUCCGGAUUGACGAGAAACCUGAGGUUGCGGAAGUGGCUCACCAUCCGGGCAGUGAGGGACCUGUUGGGAAUGACCUUCGUGAAGUGUUGGCGGAUGUGGGGCGAGUGUUAAAGUCAAUGACGGCCACUACAUUGAAGAAGCUUGGAGUGCGAGUACGGGAUCUUUCUCUACCACGAUGUGCAACUUUGCGAAACGAGGAGGAGGAACCAGAGAAGGAUCCAAGCGCAAGUGGGCUCUUGGAUACAGGGGCUAGCCACGCGAUGCGGCCAGCUACCACGGAUGAGUACGAGGAAGCACAGCCUGUUAAGGUGACGUUGGCCGGCGAGGACGAGAAGAUCCUUAGGCAGAACCUCCAGGGCACGAUCUUGGUCCAGGAGGAGGACGUAAAAGUCCAGCCAAUCGUUCCGCUUGGGGCGCUGAUUCAAGGACUGGGCUACACCCUCCACUGGAGUCCUACCAAGCUUCGCCUCACUCACCCCGACAAGGGCGAAGUGAGGGUCAAGAUACACAACCAUUGCCCAGAAGUUGCUGCCUGUGAUGCGUUGGCCAUGAUACGAGAGCUGGAGCUGAAACAGGUGAAUGCCUUGAACAGCAAUGUGGAGACUCUUAAGGCCCGCUUGGAAGUCAUCAAGCUGGAGGAAAAGAGAAGUUGGACGGAGCUGCUAGGUGAAUAUUCCACCACAGGAAGCCGCGCGAGCCUCCUGAAGACCCUCAUGAAAUGCCCGUUCACAAAGGACCUUCCUCCUGACGUGCACACCUUGAUGUUGGAAAGCUUUGAUGUCUCGAAGGGGGACGCUUACUUGAAGGCUCUUCCUCUUACCAGGAGACAAAGGAAAGCGCUGAUGGCUUCGCGGAUGUGGGUUAUCAAUCUACAAGUACAAGGCGACCAGGACCUCAGCCCCUUCCGUAUGAUCCCGCAAAGUGGAAAGAUUGUGUUGAAUGUGAACGAAAAGACUUCAAAGCUGUGGGACUUGAAUCGUCCCAACGCAGUGUAUCAGUUGCUUUUAUGGGCAGCCGCUACAGGAAGGGUGUCCGAUGUUCUGGGGUCACCAAGAACGGAGACGUGGAUCAAUUCAGCCUCCGAGAGAUGGGCGUCCACUGAUCGGUUGAAGCGUACCCAGACUGAACCACAUGGACGUCAAGCACUACCCCCUCUUCAACAACAACAGCUUGAUCGAGAGACUGCAGUGAUGGCAAAGCAGAUGUUGAUUUGGGCCCUUUCCUCGGCGAGUUCGAAGGGACCGGUGGGUUUCAUGAUGGAGCUGCCGGCCAACGAGGAGAAAAGGGACCCCGAGGAUCCAAUCUACCCCUCUGUAUGGGAACUGGAACUCUGGAAAGCGUUCAGGUCUCUUGGAGGAAUGCGGACUGUUUCCUUCAACAUGGGCGCGUACGGCCACAAAGGGAAGCGACCGACUACAGUUGGUACGAACUACCCGUCGCUCUACGACAUGAACAACAACUGGGACUUUGAAGAUACGUGUGUUCCGUCCUCUCUGAUUACCAAGGAGGAGAAGCGCCAGUGGCCAGUGAAGUUCCAGAUGAUGGUCGUUAAAGCGGUCACUGAGGGCAUGGACGGCAGCUUCGUUGAGGAGGAGAACUUGAUCGAGGCGGGUGUGAAAGUGAGCAAACUUACAAAAGAACAGAGAGCUGAAUGGCAACAACACUUGCUCAAUGAUCACCAGCCUUAUCGAGCUGAUUGCUCGGUUUGCAUCAAUGCGCAAGCCUAUGGGUACCAGCACAGAAGGAGAAAGAUGCCGGGAUUGUACUCGGUAGCUCUGGAUUUGGCUGGGCCUUUCAAACAAAAGGGUCGAGAUACUGAGUUCGACGAUUACAAGUACGUGAUGGUUGCUGCGUACAGGUGCCCAAAGGAGUACAUGAGUGCGUCAGCCAUCCCGGAGUACGAGAAAGAACUCUACAUUCCAGAUGAGCCUGAGGACUUUGAGAACGACCCCCUCGAGCUGGACACCGAAUCGGAGCUGGAGGACAAGUCUUCAGGAGGAGAGGACACCGAUAAGGAGCCGUAUGGUCCCGAGACAUUGGAUGAAGCAGUGGAUGACCUCAAUAAAGGACUGGAAACGGCGACCCUCUAUAUCACACGUCCACUACGACGCAGAACCGGACCUCAUGUACUUCAAGCGGCUAAAGAAAUCCUUCUUCAGCUACGACAAAGUGGCCUACAUGUGGAUGUGUUGCACACCGACCGCGCAAGGGAGUUCAAGGCGAAAAACUUCAAGGAGUGGACCGUGGACUCAAACCUACGUCACACGAAAACCGCGGGUGGCGAUCCGGCUGGCAACUCUACCGCCGAGCUGGGAGUGAAGUGGGCUAAGGGCCGCAUAAGGGCCCUGCUGAAGGGAGCUGGGAUGGAUGCAAAGGAAUGGCCUAUGGCAGUGAAUCAUGCUUCGGCGAGUUUGUUUGCCAAAGCCUUUCCUUUUAGCCCGUGGACAACCCAACCAGCAACCGCGUUCGGCAACGAGGUGUGGUUUCGAUCUAAAGUCUACCAGGGCAAGGCCGAGAAGAAGCACGAGGCGAUUGGAACCCGGUGGAAGAAGGGAUGGUAUGGUGGCCCACUGAUGGAUGUGAAGCGAGGACAUGUGAUUCUACGUGAUGAUGGUGGGUUGACGAUAGCGAAAAGCGUGAAGUUUGGUGUCGUGAGUCCCGCUGAAGAACUACGUGAUCUACUACCUCCAGCCACCGCGGAAGGACUACCGGAUGAACUACUGCGUGAUGAACGUCCUCCAUCCCGGAAGGAGCUGCGAGAAGAGAUAGAGUUUCGUUCCAGGAAGCUUGUGGAGGAAAAGGACUUCAACAUAAAGAACGUUGUUGACCUAUAUGGCCUCCUAGAAAACCUCGGAGAUGUGGACAGAAGGACCUCUAAGAAAACUUCAUUUACUUCCUGGUACACAGGGGCCUACGUUCAUGGUGGGGUUGCAGGAGUGAGAAACAAUGUCCGUGAUUACCCCUGGACAACCCACUACUUGACGGCGUUCGCCAGGCAUCAUUGUGGACCUGUUGAGUUUUCAGCCCUGGGCUUGGCAAAGAAUGCACAGCUAGGGUUGCAUCGAGAUGUCCACAACUCGAGAUCUUCUACGAGCUACGCGAUGCCUCUCCAACUUUUUGAAGGAGGUGAGCUGUGGGUUCACGAUGAAGAAGUACCAGAAGCGAGUCGAGUUGAAAAAACCCUAUCCAAUGGAAAGGUGCUUCCUGGGAGGCUUCUGGAGAUGGUUCCGGGACGCAAGGUGGAGUUCAAACCUCGAGUAUGGCAUGAAGUUCAACCAUGGGUUGGUGACCGAUUGGUGAUGCUCCUGUUUACCCCUCGGACCUCAAAACUCACAGAGGAAAAUAUCAUCGACCUCAACAAUGCGGGUUUCUCCUUUGACAUGAAAACCGACGAUCAGGAGGAGACCGACCUCGAAGAGGAUGAAGGAGACGAUGUACCAGCUCUAAAGGCCAUCAAGAUGCAGGACAUUGUUGAAGUUGGCUUUGUUGAGUUUGAGGACGGGGAACUACUUCAUUCACAAGAUGUUGGUGAGGAUUACGAAAGGGCCUUUCCUGAUGCUGAAUGCCAUGAACAUCAUAUCAAAAGGAUGAUCAAGAAGGCAGAGGUGCAGUACACUCCCGAGAUCGAGACCCUCUUGGACGACCUCAAGAAGUCUGGAAAGGGAUUAGAGGUGACCCACAACGUGAGUCUUGGGGAUGUACGGAAGAACAUCGAUAAGUGGCGUUCCUCAGCCUACAAGGAGUUUGUGAACCUCAAGGAUGUGAAGAAGGCCUUCACAGUGCGAAAGCGGGCGGAUUUACCUCCAAACUGCAGGAUUGUUCCCUGCAAGGGUGUCUACACCGUGAAGCCAGAUAAAGGACCUGAAGGCUACAGACGGAAAACGAGAUUUGUGGCUUGUGGAAAUCAUGUACCAGAGGAUUCUUCCAGCUUCGACCUCUUUGCUGCCGGUAUUGAUGCCAUGUCGCUCAGGGCCAUUCUUACCCUAAACUCCGGCAAGCAAUGGAAAAUUGGAACAACGGACAUUCGCCAGGCCUUUGUCCUGGCACGAUGGCUGGGGCAACCAGUGGCUUUGGAGCCACCGUCAAUAGCUUAUGAACUUGGCUUAGCGGAGCGCGGGGACAUGUGGUUUGUGGAACAGGCCAUCUACGGCCUGCGCGAGUCGCCGGCCUUAUGGUCCCAGUUCAGGGAUGCCGAGCUCAGAAAAGCACGAUGGACUGUUCUGGAGCAAGGGGAACCUGUGGUCAUGAAGUUGGAACAGCUGGUUUCUGAUGAUCAAAUAUGGAGGAUAGUCCGUGAAGAUGGGAAGAGCUCGGAGACCUAUGGCUACGUCCUGGUGUACAUUGAUGACCUCCUGAUUCAGGCCGAGGAACAGAUGAUGAAGGGUUUCUUCGACUGGGUUUCCAACAAGUGGGAAGUGGACGCCUUAGAAGUUCUUGAAGAAGGGCAUCCCAUAAGGUUUCUUGGAAUGGAGCUGCAUCUUGAGAAAGGGGCGGUGGAGCUGUGCCAAGAAGGUUUCGUUCGAGAACUACUACGUUCGUACCGACAUGAUGGAUCCCGCUCGACAAGUCAGGGCCCCAAGGAACUGUUGAUCCUGUCCCAUGAAGAAGAACAAGCCUUGUUAAAUGCCGAACCGGUUGACUUGUCAGGCCUGGAACCCCAGGUCAAGGAGGCCCAAAAGAGGGUCGGAGAACUGAUGUGGCUAAUGAGCCGCACACGGCCAGACAUUCAGUAUAUAACGGCAUUGAUGGCGUCAAAAAUCACAAAGAGCCCGGAGAUGGUGAAUCGUAUAGGUCAACGACUCCUGGACUACCUGUGGGAGACGAUCGGAUAUCGAAUACGGCUUUCUGAUCCUACGGAAGAGGGAGAACUUACGUUGAAUGUCUUCACCGAUUCCUCCUUCGCCCCGAGCGCUGGACGGAGCCAUGGAGCCACGGCGGUAUUUCUUGGAAAAAGCCCUUUGACAUGGCGUUCCUCAAGGCAGCCCCUCGUUACGCUUUCCACGGCUGAGAGCGAGUUGAUUGAGGGCAUUGAGGGCACGCUAUUGGGAAUGUCGGUUCGGGAAGUGAUACAAGAGAUACUUUGCAAGACAGUUGUCAUCGACUUGUAUGUUGACAACCAGGCAGCUGUGACGCUUCUUACGGCGUCAACAGGGAGUUGGAGAACGAGGCACUUAAAACUACGUUCCAAUUGGAUGAAGGAGCGAACUCAAGCAAAUGAAGUACGUGUUCACCAUGUUGCGGGCACCUUUCAGAAGGCAGAUCUUGGAACAAAACCAUUUACCCGAUCAAGGUUGAAGGAACUCGUUGAACUAUGGAAUAUGACUGAUCGAAGGACUUCUUCAUCGACGGCAUCUGUCAAGGCGGUUCAAGUUGAGAAUGGAUGGCUCAUGAAGCUUCUGAUGCUGUGCCAGGUGUGUGGUGUGAAAGCUUCAAAAGAAGCGAUAGCCACCGAAAUCCCAUGGGACUUGUACAUUGCCAUCUUGAUUCUGGCGGUUGCGGUCAUUGGAAUUUGGGAAGGAAUGAAGAGCUGUACCAAAGCCAGAGCUGCUAGGCUCAAGGCUCUGAAAUGCAAGGCUACCAAGGCUUUGAAGCUCAACAAGACCGAACUCAAGGAGCUUCAGAGACUUCUUUCCCUGAACCCCUCGCAGCUGUCCAGUGAGCAGAUGAAGAGAAUGUAUGAACUCAAGGAAAGGUUCGAACAAACUAUGCCGCCUAACACCUCUCCUGUUCCGACGGUGCCGAGUGAUGUUCCCUCCGGAAGUGCCACAAGAACUCCUUUGCCCGAAGAGCCCUGUGGGAGUGCCGCACCACCAACGAGACGUACUAUGUUUGAUGAUGUUCCCCGAGGUAGCGCCUCACCACCUUCGAUGUUCAACAAGCAGCCAAAGAAGGAAAAAGUCAUGUGUGAUAAAGAGACCCAGGCCGACCAUACGCCAGCAUUCCAACGAGUUCAGCCUCCUCCUCCGGUUGAGAUUCGAAUGUACGAAGGGCCUUUCACGAUGACUCAAGGAAGCGAUAAGCUACAUUUAUUCGACAACUGCUGGGGAUUGCGAAAUGCUACAAGAACCACUCGCGUGCAACUUUGCCGAUGUUGUGCUGAGAACCGCGGGAACCGGAUCUACUGA